UCAUCUGUCAGUCGCGAAUUUGUCAAAUUGUCACUGCUCUAUAGUCUCUGCUCAGCUACAAUGAAUGAAGUGGUCGUGUUUGUGUAAAUGAUUGUGGAACAAAGAAUUUACAAGACGAAUUAAAUGAGGCUCGGCAGAGUAUCGCUGUUUAACAUUACUCAUGAGUACGGAAGAGACUCUGUUGAACCUCGAUUUCGACAAGCCGCACAAUCCAAUUACGCUGCCGGAUGACGGCGUGGUAUCUCUGUCCAGCAGUGCUGAGGAGAUUUGUUUAGUGCCAGAGGUCGGUUUCGAGGGCAACGUGGAUUCCCCGGGGGUCAACCGGGAGUCGCAGCCGCUCCUGGGCGGCCGUGGCGACUUCGAAGUGUCCUACAACCAUUUUCCAGAUGACCCACAGUUCAGUGAGCUGGUAUGGCAAGCGGAGGUGGCCAUUGACAACAACAUCUUCCCAGAGAGGAUAUACCAGGGUUCCAGCGGCUCCUAUUUCGUCAAGAACCCUGGUGGAAAAAUAAUAGGCGUAUUCAAACCAAAAGACGAGGAGCCCUACGGCCGGCUAAAUCCAAAAUGGACGAAAUGGAUGCACAAGCUGUGCUGCCCCUGCUGCUUCGGCAGGUCCUGCCUGAUCCCCAACCAGGGGUACCUCUCGGAGGCCGGCGCGAGUCUCGUCGACACCAAGAUUGGACUCAAAAUUGUGCCAAAAACUAGGGUGGUGAAACUGGUGUCGGAAACGUUUAACUACUUGCGGAUAGACCGGGAGCGCUCGCGGCUCAAGCGGGCCAUCACCGAGCAGUUCCCCAACCUGCGGUUCAACAGGAUGGGCCUCCCGCCGAAGGCGGGAUCGUUCCAGCUGUUCGUGGAGGGCUACAAGGACGCGGACUACUGGCUGCGGCGCUUCGAGCAGGACCCGCCGCCCAAGCACGUCAUGACCAAGUUCCAGCUACAGUUCGAACGGCUGGUCGUGUUGGACUACAUCAUAAGGAACACGGAUCGCGGUAACGAUAACUGGUUGAUCAAAUACGACGCGCCGCAGCCCACGCAGCGAGGGGAUAUCGACAUGACCGACCCGAGCAAUUGGCAGACGCCGGAAGUGUCGAUAGCGGCCAUCGACAAUGGGCUGGCAUUUCCGUUCAAGCACCCCGACUCGUGGCGAGCGUACCCCUACCACUGGGCCUGGCUGCCGCAGGCCAAGCUGCCUUUCUCGCAGGAGACCAAAGAGCUAGUACUUCCGUUAUUAUCAGACAUGAACUUCGUCCAGGAACUAUGUGAUGAAUUAAAUUUAUUAUUCAAACAGGACAAAGGGUUCGACAAGGGCCUGUUCGAGCGGCAGAUGUCGGUGAUGCGGGGGCAGGUGCUCAACCUCACGCAGGCGCUCAAGGACAACAAGAGCCCCGUGCAGCUGGUGCAGAUGCCCGCCGUCAUCGUGGAGAGGUCCAAAAGCGGGUCAACGUCCUCGCGGUUCUUCGACUCGUUCCAGCAGCGCUUCCAGCACAAGUCACCCUUUUUCUCCUGGUGGUAGCGACCUAAACAAAUGGUGAUAAUACGCGGUGAACCUAUUAUAUAUUAGUAAAACAAUUGUAUGUAUAUUUAUGUA